GGCCGGGUAGGGCUCAGCAGAUCCCCGCUUCCUGAGCCCAAAGGUUGUUUUGCUCAAGAGGAGCCCGUGGAGGAAGUGAAACCGAUGACGUCUCUGUCUCUCUUUUCUUGUGCGUCUUAAAGCAGCGCUUUUGCAAGCCGCCCCUGGGAGUCCAGACUCUGCAGCCCAAGGAGAGGAGAUGGGGGUGACCCAUUCCUUAGGCCUUCCCCAGGGGAAGGGGCCACACGCAGUCGGCUGCACGGAUGUGAUGGUGGGACAGAGCCGGAAGGGUCUCUUCUUCCGCUUGUUCUAUCCCUGCAUCUCACAAGAGCGGGCAGAACAGCCCUACUGGAUUCCCCGCUAUGAGUAUUACUGUGGACUAGCGGACUACAUGAACAUGAACCGAAAAUGGUGUGCCCCGCUGCUCAACGUGACCUUUGGCUCAUGUCGAAUCCCCGUAAGCUGGGAUGCCCCCCUGAAGUCGAGUAACCAUAAGUACCCCUUGAUCAUAUUCUCCCAUGGUUUAGGAGCCUUCCGAACUGUUUACUCUUCUAUCUGUGCUGAAAUGGCUUCCCGUGGGUUUCUGGUGAUUGCACUGGAACACAGAGACCGUUCUGCUUCUGCCACUUACUUCUGCAAGGUGGAAUCCGAAGCAGUGGACAUCCCCGAGGCUCCAGUGCAAGAAGAAUGGCUCUCCUAUCAAGGGGUGCCAAAAGAUCAGAAGGAGUUCCAUUUCCGAAACCCACAGGUCCAUCAGCGAGCAAAUGAGUGCAUCCGGGGGCUGAAGCUGAUUCGGAGCAUCAACGGCGGCAAGGCAGCUGUCAACCUCUUGCAUACAGACUUUGACCUGUCCUCGCUGGAGGAUAAUGUGGAUUUGUCCAGAGUGGCUGUCAUGGGUCACUCAUUCGGAGGGGCGACGGCAAUCCUCGCUCUCGUGAAAGAGGUGCAAUUCAAAUGUGCUAUUGCCCUAGAUGCCUGGAUGUUUCCUUUGGAGAACUCUAUGUACCCGAAAGUGACCAAGCCUGUGCUUUUCGUCAACACAGAGACCUUUCAGACUUUGGAUAGCAUAGCCAAGAUGAAAAAGAUCUGCGCCCUGAACGAUGAGACCAAAAUCAUCACUAUCUUGGGUACUGUCCAUCAGAGCCAAACUGACUUCACCUUCCUUGCGGGGAAUCUCCUGAACAGAGUCUUCCAAACAAGGGGCACCAUCAAUCCUUAUGAAGGGCUGGAUAUCACUAACCAGGCUGCACUUGCCUUCCUACAAAAGCAUCUCCAACUGAAAGAAGACUUUGACCAGUGGGAUAGUCUUCUGCAAGGUGUCGGGGAUGCUAUCAUUCCAGAUGGACCUCUGCAGAAGUCCAGCCUGUAGGCAUAAAAGACAAAGUCUCCAAGCACCCAAUGCACCCUGGAUUAUGAAGGAACAGAGCAUUCUCUUAUAUACAACAGCUGUUUGGAUUUAGCACCUGAUACCAACAUCAGGUUGCUGCAAGGCUGUGGCUUUCCUGUAGCUCACAUGAACAUGCUAUUCAGCCCUUGAUGCUACAGAGAGGAAGAUGAGAAGUGUUGUAGAUAGCUGGACAAGUCUGCCUGCAUCUCUGUGGCUUUUGGGAAGGAGCAACAAUAAGCACUGUAGCCCAAAGCACAAUCCAUCGGAGAGUCUCUCCUAUUCAGUCUCCCAUUGGAAUGAAAGGGCAGUUAAGUAAGAUCCCUUUGAUGUUGCUCUUCUGCAGUCUGUGUUCUAGGAAAAUAACUCAAUUGCUUUUAAUAGUAAAAUUCCUGCAGCUUCCUAUCAAAGGCAAACACAAUCCAAGCAGCUGAUUGUCUCACCAGUGAUGAUACCUAGAGGAUGAAGGGCCUGGCCAGUCUGUGGCUCACCAUGGAAAUGAAAGUGAAGAUUGUCCCUGAUUGGAGAACCAAAAAAAUCUCAGUGCUGUGUAGAA